CCUGAACUCCCUGGCAGUUGGAAAGAGGCAACAGCUUCAGCCAUUAGCAAGGCCUUUGCUUGCGAACGGAAGAUGCCUGUCCCAUCCACAGACCAGGGGAAGUACAAGUCUUGGAAGGAAGGAGCCAGAGAUAUCAUGGUUCCCUUCUCUCAGCACAUAUCCUGGUUCUGGAGGGCAGAGGAGGCUUUUUCCAGGAGUCUUAAGAAAAGUGGCCCUGAGAGCAGAUUCCUUAACAGUCAAGACAAAAUGGAAGGGGAGGCCCUUAAGGGCAGCAGGCCCCCCUACCCCAAGCCCUGGUCUCAGCUGCUGACAGGGCUAUGCCCCACAACCUGGAUUCUAGAGGGAAGCAGCAGUGACUGGCCCUUCUUUCACUGUGGGCUGUCAAGUAGCUGCGGACACAUGAAGCCAGAGCCUUCCAAAGAUGGCAGCCCAGCUCUUCCACCCAGGAAUCGGCUCAGUCUGUCAGCAGCUUCAGUAGCCAAAAAGGACAGUCCCCUGGGACAGGUGAUGGUGGAGGAGGAGUACUCCUGUGAGUAUGGCUCCUUUGCCUAUCUGCUAUUGUGCUCCUUAGGUGGGGUGGUGAGCUGCGGUGCAACACACACAGCGGUAGUGCCACUCGAUGUGGUGAAGUGCCGCAUGCAAGUGGAACCCAGGCGUUACCAAGGGCUGGUGCAAGGCCUUUCUCUUACAGUGCGAGAAGAGGGGAUACCUGGCCUGGCUAAGGGAUGGGCUCCAACAGCCAUAGGCUAUUCCAUGCAGGGCUUUGGCAAGUUUGGUCUCUAUGAGUACUUCAAGAUUCUGUACUCUAACUUUUUGGGUCCAGAGCAAGCUUAUCUGUGGCGGACUAGCCUCUACCUCGCUGCUUCAGCCAGUGCUGAGUUCUUUGCUGACAUUGCUUUGGCCCCGAUGGAAGCAGUCAAGGUACGGAUUCAGACCCAGCGCGGGUAUGCCAAGACGCUGCGAGAAGCAGCUCCCAAGAUGUAUAUUGAAGAAGGACUCUGGGCUUUCUAUAAGGGAGUGUAUCCUCUCUGGCUGCGACAGAUCCCUUAUACCAUGAUGAAGUUUUCCUGCUUUGAACGAACUGUAGAAGCACUCUAUAAAUACGUCAUUCCUAAGCCACGAGAUCAGUGCAGCAAGACGGAACAACUUGGAGUCACAUUUAUUGGGGGAUAUAUCGCUGGCAUCUUCUGUGCUAUAGUCUCACACCCAGCUGAUUCUGUGGUAUCAGUAUUGAACCAAGAAAGGGGCACCACUGUUUUGGGUGUCCUCAAGAGGUUGGGCAUGUAUGGGAUCUGGAAAGGCCUCUUCACUCGUAUUCUGAUGAUUGGUACUCUUACUGGUCUGCAGUGGUUCAUCUAUGAUUCAGUUAAAGUUUAUCUCAAGUUGCCUCGUCCCCCACCACCUGAAAUGCCCGAAUCUUUGAAACAGAAACUCUCUCAAAAUUAAAUCCAUACUAAGUGGCUGUGUUUCAAGGGUACUCCAAUUCUAUAAGAAUGUUUAAUUCACAUGAUUUGUGAAUAUCACUGACCCAUGGAAAAUUCGGUAUAGUGUUACUCAAUCCCAGAACUAAGCUUCAGAGAGUUUCAACAAUCUAUAAAAGAAGCUAUUUAAAAUAGCUUCUUAAUGAAACUUUAAUGCAUGUCAUUUAACAGAAUAGCAUUCUCUUGCAGUUUUAUUUUGUUCUAAACUGCACUGAAAAUACAUAGCAGAUAAUGCAAUUACUAGUUUUUAUAGGCUGUUAAAUAUUUUAAGGUUAACCAGUUAAUAGCAACUGCUAAACAAAUUGGUUGUUGUAAUACUGUUGUAAUGAUUUGAUAAUUAUUGUCAACAGGACAUGUUGUCAGGCAGCCUAGAUGGUAUGAUUCUGAGAUAUUGAACAAAAAUUUCUGUGUGCAUUUGCUAAAUCAGAUUCUACGUUUGAAGCAAAAUAAAAGUAUAAACUCUGAAAAAUGGCAUUCUUAGCAGUAUAUUAGAAAGCUUAUUUUACUUUUAAGUGUCACAGAUCUAUAAUGAUCCAAAAUGCCUGUUUAUACAUAGAAAAAUGUAUAAUUUUGUGGCAGGAUGUUAUUUUAUAGGUUUCGGUAUCUGACUACAAAAGUUUCUAUUUGUAGCUUGAGUCUUUAAAAAAGCAUUCUUCUCAUCCAUGUAGAAUCUGCUGUGUUGGAAAAGGGGGAAAAAAAACCAUAGUAAUUUUGCAUUGUGAUUUAUAUAUUUAUUGGACAAGUCUUUCGGAACUUGCAUGAAUAUUGUUCCUCUCUGUUCUUAAAGCAGUCCAUCAGACUUAACUGGUACACUUCUUCCAAAUUAUUUUUGAAACAUGUACGUACAUGUUUCAUGUGUAUUGAACAAUCCUUUCGCUGUAUAAAAACUCUGAAGCUUCUUAUUUUGAGGCAAAUCUACUUUUUCUUGAUUGAGCAUUUUUCAAUGGAAUUAUAGAAAUAAAAAUAAUACACUAUAGUAUUCUUCGAAAGCUAAAAUUCUGAAUGUUGGUGAUCCUUUACCAUUAUGUUAGUUUUUCUUUUGUUGUAUAAUCUAAUUUGAACAUUUAUU